UUUCCCUUCCCCUUCCCUUUUCUUUUCCUCCAUUCUUCAUUCCAACGUUACUACACUUUCCUCUUCCUUUCAACACCCUCCCAUUUCCAAAAUUAAUGGCCUCCGUCGCUACUGCUGGAUUCAUCGCACCAUCUUCCUCUUCCUCUUCAUGUUUUUCCCAUACUAAUCGUCCAAACAAGAAUCCGACUUCCACUAAUCAAUUUAGAGUUUCUUGUUCUUAUUCUUCUUCUUCCCUCGCCGAUCCUUAUCGAACUCUUCGGAUUCAACCCGGUUCCUCUGAAUCUGAAGUCAAAAAAGCCUUCCGACGUCUCGCUCUUAAGUAUCAUCCUGAUGUUUGUAAAGGGAGAAAUUGUGGCGUUCAGUUUGAACAAAUCAAUGAAGCUUACGUUAUUGUGAUGAAUAACUUAAGAGGUAUAGCAACACCAAUAGAAGAGACAUAUGAAACAAAAUAUUAUGAAGGGACUGAUGAACCGACGAGAAAAUAUGGGGAACCAGAUUGGGACUCAUAUGAAGAAUGGAUGGGAUAUGAAGGAGCGUGGAUGGGUGAUUAUUCAUCUCAAUAUUAAUCCUGAAAUUUAAAACCCAAAAACAAAAAAUUAAAAGUCAGUUAUGAUUUGCACAUAGAAUUGGUCUUUAAUCUAUCAACAUCAUCAACAACCAACGGUUGUGAUGAUUUGGUUUGGCUAUGUAUAUAUGGUGGAAAAAGAGGGGAAGUUGAAAAUUGGUAUUAAUUCACUAAUUUGUGUACCCCUUUAUUUUAGUGGUGGUGGUGUCGUUGUUGUACAUAUGGUCAAGAACAGAGCCUUUUGGUCUUUUAAUAAUAUGAAAAGGCUUUGAAGGAAUGGCCUAUCAAAGUUGUGGUGGGGCAUUUGUGUUUUUAUCUUUUUUUAAACUCUUGUCUGGUUGUUUGCCCAAUAGAGAAGGUGGUGCUUUUUUGUGUACUCGUUUCUGUUCAAUAUUAUCCGUUUGUGAAUUUAAUUAAAAAGGUGGGGGAUAGGAAUAUAACUAUUACCUCUGUUGAGUUUCA